AUGGUCCAAUUAUCCAUCAUUCUCGCGGUGCUUAGCAAAGUGCCGCUUGCGUCCAAGGUGGCCUUGCUGCACAUGCUUCGCAUGUCCGAGGCAUCCAAGUACCAGACGCUGCGUGUCGAGCUCUCCGUUGCCGUGAUACGCUCUUUCUUGGCCGCCACGCCCGCGCCAAGCAUGACGACGCUUCAGAGUUUCUUCGCCAUCGACAUCCCCGUCAAAGGCAAGAUAUGGAUCAGCAAAUACAGCGUGCCGGUGCCGGCCGAGUCCGACGUCGCGGGGGCCGUUGCGCGCGCCAUCGACGGGCUAAGCACUCCGGAGAUUGCCAAGAUGGACCGCUCGAGAAUGCCCGAGCCGGUCCCGGUCGCGGCAGAAUGGACGGGCUACCGAGCCAACGCGAAGGACGAUUCGGACCCGCCGGCCCUGCCAGAGAAGGAGCUGUACGCCGAGAUGAUGAAGGAGGUCAAAACCCCCGUGACCGUCCUCUACUUCCACGGAGGCGCCUACUGCAUCAUGGAGCCAUCGAACUACCGACCUUUAAACCAGAAGCUCGCCAAGCUGACGGGCGGCCGGUGCUACUCGGUAUCCUAUCGCCUCGCACCGCAGAACCCAUUCCCGGCAGCACUGAUGGACGCCCUUUCCUCCUACCUCGGGCUCCUCUACCCCGCCCCAGAUGCCUUCCAUGAGCCUGUACGGCCCGAGCAUAUUGUCCUGUGCGGCGACAGUGCAGGUGCACAUCUCAGCAUGGCGUUGGUGCAGACGCUGCUCGAGCUCAAGCGCCAAGGGGCACAGGUGCUAUGGCAAGGGCAGCAAAGGGACGUGCCUCUGCCGGCGGGUAUGGCCAUGAACUCGCCAUGGGCCGACAUCACGGUCAGCUCGCCGUCGUGCAAGAGCAACGCGGCCUUCGACUACUUGCCGACGCUGGAGCAGCAAGUCGACGUCGAGGCGGGGCGGCCAGCGUGCGCGGCGUGGCCGGCCAACCCGCCGCGCACGACCAUGUACGCCGAAGACAGGCUAGUGAUGCACCCGCUCGUGUCGCCGCUGCUAGCGCCCGCCGGCAGCUGGGCCGGCGCCCCGCCUGCCUACAUCUGCACGGGCUGGGAGCUCGUGGCGGACGAGGACAAGCUCACGGCCACGCGCCUCCACGAAGACGGCGUGCCGGUCGUCUUCGAGGAGUACGAGGCCAUGCCGCACAUCUUCGCCGUCGUCUUCCCGGACAUCGACGUCACGCGGCGCUGCAUGGACGGCUGGGCUGGCUUCAUCAACAGGGUCGUCGAGGCCCCGGCCGCCGUGCGCAGCAGCUUCGUGACAAUCAAGGCCAAGACGCUCGCCGAGGUCGACCUCGACCCGGACACGCUGGCCCCGUACGAUCUCGACUACUUCCGGGAGCGCGUGAAGGUGCGGCUGCAGAUGGGCUGGGUAAGGGACUCGGGCCUCGGUCUCGUCAAGGCAUGA